AGUUGUAAGAUGAAGAAUUCUCUGGCAAAAUGUCAAUCAUAAUUGAAUAAACAAUAUUUGCAGUUUUGUUUACGUUUAUCUAAGAGCUACUAGUCAAAAUAUGGCAUCUACUAUUGACGAAGAGUCCACCACUAAACCAGCUGCAACCAGCGAUGAGGAUCCACUCGCCGAGGAACGACUUGGCUAUGUACGCGAAGUAGGCUCACAAGCUGUUUGGAGCUUGUCAUCCUGCAAGCCAGGAUUCGGCGUUGAACGCUUGCGCGAUAAUAUAAUGGACACAUACUGGCAAUCGGACGGCCAACUGCCUCACUUGGUCAACAUCCAAUUUCACAAACGCACCAACAUCAGCCAGAUUUACAUAUACACCGACUACAAGUUGGACGAAAGCUAUACCCCAUCGCGCAUUUCGAUACGCUCCGGUACAAACUUCAAUGAUCUGCAGGAGCUGCAGGUCAUCGAUCUGACCGAGCCGAAUGGCUGGGUGCAGAUACCCAUUAAAGAUGGCAAUGUGAAGUCGCUGCGCACUUUCAUGCUGCAAAUCGCCGUGAUUUCGAAUCAUCAAAAUGGCCGUGACACUCAUAUGCGGCAAAUUCGCGUUCACGCCCCCUGUGGCGGAGAAAGCAAACACUAUCCCCUCGAGCUCUUUGGCAAAUUCGGAACCGUUGAUUUUCAAAAAUUUGCUACCAUACGUUAAUUU